GUUUACAUCCUCCUUUCAAUUUUGCACCAAAUGUUGUCCCUUGUUAAAUCAUAAAAAAAAUAACAAAAGACUCAUGACACAAGUUUACUUGCUUGUUGCCACGAUUCGAUUACAUGUGCAAAUUUCGGCAGAUACAAAUUCACUCGAUCGCUUUGGGGACGCCAAGAAGCCAAGACUGGCCAAGACGCAAACAGUGUACAAAAUGGCUGCUCACAUAGCGGUCGGAAUGCGCUUAGGGAAGUUUGCGGUGAACUCGCUUUUAAAUCAGGGUUGUACACGGAGCACAGUACUGCACACUUGGAAGAGACAGUAUGCAAGAAAAGCAGUCGCCGCAGCAGCAGCGGGAGGGCUGGCCCUGCAGACAAAGAAGAAAAAGCUUCCCGUCGAGACGGACCCGGAGAAGUUGACCACCCUCUGCUGCGGCAGCAACAUCCUUCGCGAGGGCAGCGACGUACCACUAGGGCCUGACUCCGACUAUCCGGACUGGCUCUGGGAGCUCCGCAUCGAUGGCCGGGUCAAGCUGGAGGACCUGGACCCCAGCACGGCCGAGUACUGGGAGUUCCUGCAUCACGAGGCCCUGAUCCACCAAAACAAGCUGCGCAGCAAGGCCCCCAAGCCUGAGCUGCGCAUCAACGAGAAGGACAAGCUCAAGAAGCUCAGGGCCAUCAUGUUCCGGGCCCUGGCGGGGUACCACUACGACCCAGGCGUGCCCGUGGGCAAGGCCUUACAAGACCGCAAGCGCAACAAGCUCGAGUUCUUUUAGGCGGCACCUUGGCACACGUACCACGUGUCGGCACGAGGUUCUCGAGGUCUGCAGGAACCUUUAGUUGGCGUCGUAGUGUGGCGAGAAAUACAAAAAAAUAUGAGAGCUUUUAUGGACCAUUCUUAGGCCGAAAUGAGAAGCGCAACGGUACGAAAAACCCUUUGUGUUCUUAUUAGUGCAAGAAGGAUACAAAUAAAAGUGUGCAGGGUGAGGCAGUUGUCCAUCUUCAUUCUGCACGGUCUUAAUGUA